UGUAAAAGGUUCACACGAAGAAGUAGCAUGUAGACUGGCGGAUUGUCGUGGUAUCCUCGUUGGAGCUAAUAAUGUCACCAGUUGUAAACAAAGUGUGAGCUCAGUCUGAACAGUGUAGUUUGUUGAUUUUACCGCAAAGGCGAGUUUUACCGUUUUCAGUCACUUCAGAGAGUCAAUAUAAAGAGCUAGCUAAAUAAGCUAGCUUAUUGAAAGCUAGCUUGGUGUUUUCUGGAAUCGUCCGCGCGAGACUGUUGCUAUGGUUACACUGUUUUCCUGAAGACUCUCGCGUAAGCGGCCAGUGAACUAUUUUGCAAGAUGGUGCAGCUGCAUGUGAAACGUGGAAACGAAAGUGAGUUUCUUUUCAACACCACUGUGGACGCACUGCUGGAGACGGUGAUCCAACAAAUUACAGCCAUCUACAACGGGAGACUCAAAGUGGACAGAAUAUGUUCAGAAAUCCCAGAGCUGGCAGACCACGGUGUCACGCUACCACCCAACAUGCAGGGGUUGACAGAGGAGCAGAUUGAAGAGCUGAAGCUGAAGGAUGAAUGGGAAGACAAGUGUGUGCCCAGUGGGGGGGCGGUAUUUAAGAAGGAUGAGAUUGGGAGGAGGAAUGGACACGCUCCAAAUGAUAAAAUGAAAGAGGUGCUGAUGAGAACGGUGGAGGAGGCAAAGGCACUGAUCUCCAAAAAACAAGCUCAAGCUAAUGUUUGCGUCACCAUGGAGAUGAUAAAAGAAGCCCUGGAUCAGCUAAGGGGUGCGGUCACGAUCGUGUAUCCCAUGGGGUUGCCUCCUCACGACCUUAUCAGGAUGGAGUUUGAGGAUCGAGAAGACCUUUCAGGGACACAGGCGUCUCUGCAGGUGAUUACAGAGGACGAGUGCCAGCUGUGGUGGGCUGCCAAAGAAAUGCAGAGAGGGAAAAAACUCCAAGACUACAUCGGAAAGAAUGAAAAGACAAAGCUUGUGGUUAAAAUCCAAAAGAAAGGACAGGGGGCACCAGCGAGAGAGCCUCCGAUCACUGAUGAGCAGCAGAAACAGAUGAUGAUGCAUUACCACAGGAGGCAGGAGGAACUCAAGAAACUGGAGGAGGCAGAUGAUGAUAGCUACCUGGACUCUGAGUGGUCAGACAGACAAGCCCUCAAGAAACAGUUUCAGGGCCUCACCAACAUCAAAUGGGGGCCGAGAUGAAGACCGCCACCGCUCGGAUUCCCACCGUCCUGGUUCUUAACAGCUCUGUAUGCAACUGACUUAAGAUGCCUUAUCACAGUCCUCACAUCAGGUCACCGUCUGUGUUAUUUGAGGUCUUCCAGAGAAUAUUAUAUAAAGCAGAUGUGUUCAUAUGCCUGAAGUAAGUGAAUUUCUGAACUGAAGUAUGAAGAAGACAUUUGGACACUGUUUGACAGUAAAACAGGAAAUGAUGUCAUAUCAAAGCUGAUGUUGUGACAAACCUGAUUUAUUUGUGUUCUUUUGCAGAUUGUUUUAACCCUGUUGUAAAGUUACAUUUUUAUUGGUGCUGCCCAAGUAAAAUGAAAGUUUAUAAUGAAUUGUCUGUGCAUUUUAAUUGUGUAUAUAAAAAAACAAUAAUAGAA